CUACAAGUUCCACCACUCUCAAUGAAAACUCAACUGCUUCCAAGCACCCUCGGUUUGCCCUUGUCCGGCCCUCUGGAGAUCGAAGAAGUGAAGAACGCGUUUCGAGAGUCAGCACUGAAAUGGCAUCCAGACAGAUCACAUCAGGGUGAUUCCCAGGUCGCGGCUGCUGAGAAGUUCAAGCUAUGUGUUAGUGCGUACAAAUCAUUGUCUUCAGCUCUGUCGUGAAAAUCUUGGGGCCGCAACCAUUGGGCAAGUCCGCCCUGGUUUAUGAUCAAAGUCAACUUCAUCCAUGGUUUACUUUAAUCAGUUGAUGGAUAGAGCCUAGGAAGGGGUUGCAAUAUAGGUCCUUGAUAGCCAACAUUCAUUUACUAAUAAAGUGGAGCUUUUACGAUUACUCGAAAUGGUCAUCGAUCAAUUCAGUUCUCGAGUCAGGUGAAAUCACACAUGUAUCUACCUGUUAUAAUGCAAUCUGUGACAUCCUUUGAUGAGUGAUGAAUGAACAUUGUACACAAAUUGUUACAUCUAUUUAGUAGUGAUCUUUGAAACUUGUAUGGGUGUUGUAUAGCAUUUACUUCCACAGAAGGUUUGAUGAUGUUAUUGUUACCAUAUACCAACCAUGUGGUGAUUUUAAUGAAUAAGAACUUUACUGUCCGUUUUGCUGUUACUUUCACAGUCAACUUUUGAUUCUACAAAAGGAUGAAAAUGAGCACUCUCAGUCUCUGAUAAGAGGGGGUGAGAAGCUUUUUUCAAGUCAGGUACUUUUUUUUUUUUGGAGUUGGAUGGAGCAUUCUUUUUGUGCUUAACUAAAAACUAAAAAGCAAAAGAGUUGUGUAUAUUCUCUUGGUUAAAUUGUUGGUAUGGUUAAGCUAAAAAAAAGUUGUUCUUGAGAAGGCUCAGUUUUAUAGGCUAAUCAUUGGAAUAACUAGAUUACUUAAAUACAUUUUCAAUAGAUAGGAUUCCAAUCGAGAGUCUCAAUGUUGUCAUCCUACUAUUAAUAUUGCUUAUGUAUUACAAUCUCAAAUCUGACAUGUUUGAUCUAGUUCGUUGACGAGGUGGUCGAAGAAGCAUGUGUCUCAAUAUUGUCCUCCUAUUGUUGAUAUUACUGGUUUAUCAUCAUCGUUAUCGGGCGCCUUCGAUGUAGUAUGUUAUGAAUAAUCACAUCAAAGGAUGUCGAACGGGCUCGAGAAGAAUAGGUCCUCCUUCCCUCCCCUCUCUCCUCAACCUGUCCCGUCGAAUUUGAUUUGUUCCAUCUUGUGUCUAUUCCAUAGUUACUCAAAUCACUAGUAUUUUUCAACACCAACAAAAAACAUAUUCUUACUGAACAAAAAACAUAUUCGUACUUGAAAUUGUGAGAUUGAUGAGAGCUACUAUCCUGUCGUUACUGUUGUUGUUGUCGGUCGUCCUACCUAAAAACCUAAUGUCUUGUCCAUGUAAAGAGAUUUAUCUGGAUUAUACACAAAUCAAGGUUUUCCUUUUUUUACAUUUUGGUGCAAUCGCUUGGUGUUGCAUCAGUUGAAAAUCAAAAGUAGUAUCAUGCAUUUAUGAGCAAUACAGUUAUGGAAUCAAACUCUUUCGAAUUUACUCGAAUCGAGUAAUAGGUGAAUUUCAUUUUGAAUCAGGUAAUAGAACUUAACAAAAAUUUGCUAGAUCAAUCGUGAUGUAGUAAACAAAAUUUUGCUAGAAACUCAUGGAAAUUUGUGAAUUUGUGCAUCCCUAUAAUGAGUAAAAUUAUGAAAAAUGAAUGGAUCAAGUGUAUGCAUAAGUUCAAUGACAACCUAAUCCAUCGCUAAAAAGAUUGACAAAUACUUGGCACAUCGUUAUACUCCAAACCCCUUAUAUCCAAAAAUAUUUCUUGUUUUGAAAAUUUAUUUUCACAAUUCCACAUACAUUCUAAGCAUCUAGGGUUCCUCGAACAAUGUGACAUCUCACACCAGGUAAAUCCUUAACCUUCAUAGUGUUUCCUCCAACCUUCUCAUUUUUUCUCAUCCAGCUUCCAAACAAUGGUAGUCGCAGAAUCCUGCAUUCAUUGUAUCUCGAUUACAUGCAAAGCGCCUUCUGAAACCCAAGGACCAUUGAUGGAACGAUUGGACUCAGAUCCAUCUAAUAAAAUCGGAAGUCUGCCAAUGUCGUCUGGACAGAAAGGAUCCCAAUGGCAGGAGAAGAGUAUGCAGUCCAUCGAUUUAGAGUUUCAUAUGAAAAGGAAUUUUGCAAAGUUUGGUAGGAUCAACGCUUUUAUUUUUUUUAAUCUAUAUGGUAUAAACUAAACUUGUACCUUCAACGAUACAUCAUAAAUAGAGCUUGUACAUAUCUCUUGGUACAAAUCUUUUUACGAAACAAACUCAAUAUACAUCUUUUUUUUUAUUAUUAAACUCAAUAUGUAUCUUAACCUUAUGUUACAAAUUGAUAGCUAGAUCUUUUCUGUACAACGUUAUGGGAUGUUUCCAACUAUGGUAGUUUGGCCCUCAUAAAGAAAAGCAAGAACAGUAUAGUACAUUCCAACUGCGACUUUUUCAACGUAAAGGGGUGUUGGCGCAGUUCGUUAGCGCAUAGGUCUCAUAGCCAAAGAGUGAUCCUGAGGUCGAGAGUUGGAGACUCUCUCACCUCAUGUUACAAUUCUCCUUAACAACCCACCCCAUUGUCCCCAUGUUACAAUUCUCCUUAAGAGGAUUUUUUUUGUCUCUUUGGUGGCUUAAAAUUAAAGGGUUAUAGGUAUAAUAUGCCCCUCUACUAUGACGUUUUAUCAAACAUGCCCCUCUAUUAUUUUUUACAUCAAACAUGCUCUUGUACUUUGUAAAAAUGACCAAACAUGCCCUUUUGUUAAAAUUUUCAUCCAAAAACCGUUAACCAAGACCGAACUUUAGUUUGGGCGACACAAAUGACCAAAAACAUGCCCCUCAAUUCAACCAUGAUAGACGAUUUUUUCAAUGGAAAUUUUAACAGAAGGGCAUGUUUGAUAAUUUUUUCAAAGUACAUAGGCAUAUUUGAUGUAAAAAAUAGUAGAGGGGCAUAUAAGAUUAUAUUAUAAUAAAUCACCAUGAACCCGUUCAUUCUGUGGGAAUUUUUGCAAAAUUUGAGCUAUAGACAAAAGUGGUAUAAAGUGAUUUUGUAAAUGAACAUAAUUUUCUUGAUUAUAAUAGACUUAUUCUAUCUGUAAAAAAAAUAAACCCGAUGUAAUAUAAAGAAAAUACAAGCCGAUUAAAAAAAGCAAGAAAAUUUAAAGUUUGCACCCUUAGAUCAUGCCUCGCUCUAAAUCAAGGAUUCUGAUUUAACUAUGCACAAAUAAAAAACUAAAAUUAUAUAGCCUACUUCUACCAACUCACGACCAACCUCCACUAAUUCAAGGAAUCUCAAACAAUUAGUAUGAGUUGAUGCUCCCCUCAUUCAAUGAGCAUGAAAAGGGAAAGAAUACAUGUAUAAUAUUUGUACAUGCAUUGAUAGAUUUUGUGUAUUGUGAAUACAGCGGUUUGUAUAAUUGUCUUUUGUAAGAUGUUAAUAAAACUGAGUUCAACAAUCUCAACUCAACUUCUCAACAUCUUCUAUUAAAAGAAAAAAUUGUUUAAGCAAUCAAUCAAUCAGUGUGAUAUGAAGUAAACAAUUCAUGAAUUUUGUAUUGAAAAAUAAAAAAAUUAUACACAAUAUAUUAUAUUGUAACAAUCAAACGAAAACAAUCAGAAAUCUCUAACGAUCCUUUAUUUUGACAAUGUAAUUUACGGAAUGAAUUCUAUCAAGACGAGGCAAUGUUCAAGCGUAUGGUCCAAGUAUUAAUCAUUAGGAUAUUGUACCCCAUCUUGGUAUACUAUUUCAAUAUGCACCGCUAACAAUUGUUGGUUACUUGGUUUCUCUUGAAGGCUUUAAUGUAAUACUCUUAUGCCUACACUCCAAUCGAAUACGAAUUCUAUGAUCUAUUUCUUUACUUCAACCAAGCAGAGCAUGAAAAAGACAUAAAUAAUCAAAUGAAGGAAACAAAGGGUAAAAACUAGAUAGAAACCAAAAAAAAAAAAAAGAAUUCUAGUAGUGGAUUCGAUCAGUAAACUAGUUGGUACCAGGGUGGUAACCAGUGGUCAAUCUUUUUCCUCUAAAUAUAUAAAAAAAAAUUAUAUAAUUUUGUAAAUGACAAUGAACACAUUCCAUAUGUGCACUUUUUUUUAAUUCAGGUUAAUAUAAAGAAUACACAAGCCGAUCAAAAAGUAGAAAAUUUGGAACAGAAUUAAUCACAUCACUUAGAUAUAACCCACUCAAAAUGGAGAUCUGCUUAUGAAAAAAUGCAUAACCCAUAGUUAUGUACCGUAACCUCGACCGAGAAUCCAAUAAAUUUGUAUCUCCAAUUUGAUUUUCUCGCCAACGUUUAGGCAUCACUAAACACCCGGGCCUGAUAUUCUUGCGCCCAAAAUCAAUUUGUAAAACACUUAGACCUUAAUUAUACUAAAGGGUCAAACUAUAUUCCCGUCCAAUAGGCCUGGCAUUAACCUAGUAGAAGAAUAUUAUGUUUAUAUCUAACACUGUUUUAUUUUUACAAGCUUGUAAUGCAUGGGAAAAUAGUAGGGGCAUUUCCGGUUCUUUGAACAGGUGUCAGCCUGUCAACGAUUCUUUGCCCAAAAACCUUGCUUUUAUAUAUAGAAGAAUAUUAUGUUUAUAUCUAUUAUUAUUACUAGCGGCUUUAUGGUAUGUUAUAUUUAUGCAUGGUGUAUAUAUAAAGGUGCCUAACUAUACGCCCACAUUUAUAUUUAUUAUUUGUAAUAUGAUAUAUUUCGACGAAUCAAAUUUGUUGAUUAUUUUUUUUAAAUUAAAUGAAAUUUAUGGUUUGGGUUAGAGAAGUUGGGACUAGGGUUCACCCAUUAGAGAUUAGGGUAAAGUAUCAUGCUACAAAAAUUGGUUAAUUCAUGAUCUAUAUAACAAAACUCGACAAGCGUACAAUAAUGUAAACGUACCCCUGGCGUCGAAAUAUAUUUCAAAAUAACACUAACAUGUUUUCAUAUUUAAAUUUUUUAUAGAACGAAUAAGAAACUUUUAUGAUUUAGUGAUGAAGAAACUUUUAUAAUUUAAUGAUUUGAUAAGUGGAGAUUAAUAAUUAGAGUAGUAGAGUUUUAUUUUUAUUUAUGUAGAACCCAUAAUGUAUCUUAUAUAUUAGAAUGUAUGUUUAUAUGAACACAUAUAUGAUGCACCAUAAUCCUUACAAAUAAUUUGUUAUUUGUUAGCACCGUUUCAAAAUUUGUAAGCAUCCUUUUUUAACAACUAACAUGUACAAACUAUUUAUUAAGAUUUUCAAAUGAUUCCGUAAUCAUUUAAAAGUUACCAUAACGUAUUCUAUGCACUCAAAAUCCAGGUGUACCCAUCAUCAAUCACUAAACUUUCCUAAGCCGUUUUCACAAACUAGCACAUAGAUAAAAUCUACAAAUACAAGUAUUUUUCGUAGAAAAUUUUGUCAGAAGCUUCAUUACACAAAUUGUUGUGGUUCACAUUUGAAAGCUGCAAACUUGAAACUAAACUACAAGCUCCCCCAAAGACCAAAUAUUUCUUGAUAGAUCCAAAUGUAGUCCCAACGAUCCUAAGAUUUCCCAGACUUAUAUAUCCUCUAGUUUCCAAUUUGUAAGAUUAAUUUUGAUCAUGCAUUCCAAUAUAUCUAUGGAAUCACGGGAAAGAACUAGAUCGAACAAUUUGCUCUUUCAAUGGAAUUUAGAUUCGAUCGGGAAGAAGUGAGGUGCUGAAGUUUGCUAUCGAUGUACUAUGUGACCUCAAACAUUAUUUCUUGCAUCUUAUAUUUCAUAGAUCAAUUCACAUAAGUUAGAAUUUAGAAUUGUCAACCAAGAAGAAAAUGUGUUCUUUAUAUAAGAAAAAAUGUAUCUACCGGAAAAUUGUCAACACUAAUACAGGUAAUUCAUUAAGUUUUAGCCUAUAGGCUAUCAAAUUAUGUGUUGGUCGUUGGGUUUCUUAUAAAUGUUAACAAGAAAGAGAAUCUCAGAAAAUUAUCAUAUCUCAAACAACGUAAAUUCUACUACGUAGAAAUAAUGUUUCAUAUUUCCAAAAUUUUACCAUAAAAAAUUGGCUUCCAAUGAAAUGCAGAAAUAAGAAAGAGCCUAUAGUAAAAAUAAAGAUUUCAUUAGCAUAUACAAAAGUGAUGUUAUUGGCACAAAUGAUAAUGCGAGCCAUCACUAAGAAAUUCAAAAUGAAAUUUACAAUAAUUUUUUAUAGCGAGAUGCAAAUACUAUGAUCUAAUUAAGUUUUUAGGAGUCGAUUCUCUUGCAUAAAUUUUGUUUUUAUACUAAGUACUUUCGCCAAUCAAUCAGUUAGCAUGUAUGAAAAUUCUAUGAGUAUGAUAUUUUUUCAUAUUUCUAGUAACUAAACAAUUUGAAAAUUUUAAUGAUAUCAAUUAAAACAUGUUUUGCUUCAGACAAUUAUAAUUUUUAUAUAUACGAAUGAAGAAAUUCAUCCUGCCAACGGACGGACCCAAAUCUAGUAGUAGAAAUUGACGUUCAGGUUCCGAAAGCCUCCAAAUAGAACGUCAUUAAGAGCUGAUCAAACUUUGGGUUAGCUAAAAUAUAUACUCGAUGUACCUGUGUGGGUCAGGUAGAAUGACAAAUUGUAGAUGAGCGAUGAUUCCACUAUCCUCGAGAAGAAAAUGCAAACGGAAUAAGGCUUCACGCCAUGAAGGCCCCAUGCAUCAAGAAGCGUGAUUGGAAUCAUGUCCUCAACAUGAUUCUCCAAAGCAGAGUGUCAUCAACCUCCAAGCGCACAUCUUCCUAUGACGACCCGAGAACAGCUGCUGGAAGACCCUGCAGGCGUGACCUCUUCCAUAACCAAUUAUAGCAGUUGGUAAGUCUAAUAUGAUUCCAUGUCUCCUGUUAUUGAAAGAUGCUUGGAACCCUAUGUGUGUGAUGGUUUCCUAAUACUCACUUGGCAUAUGCCAAUUAUAUUAUUGGUAAAGUACCAUUGAGUUGUAUAUAAAAGUACUUACAGAUAUCCGAGUCACAGGAGGUUAGUAGCUACUCUUAGGAGGGGAAUUAAGAUGUUUGGGAAGAGAUCAAAUAAAUAGAAGUUCUGAGCAUUACCCAUUUGAUAGAAGCUUGUGGAUUGGAUAACCAUGAGGUGGUGUACUGGAGUUAGUGUGUCAAAAAAUUAUUUUCAUAAUUAUAUAAGGGUGGUAUUGUAUUCCAAAUUAAAACUAUAUUUAUUUUGUAUAAAUUUUUUGGUGACAUAAACUAAUAUUCUCUGUCGGAGCUUAAGCAAAUUCCUAUGUUAUACAACUUGCUCAUAUAAAUGUAGUAAAAAUGAAGUAAAUGUGUUUUUAUUUUUGCUACUACUGAGUCACUUUUGGGGGCUCGCCCUUUGACCUUGAAGUUGUGAGUUUAGAGAGGCAGUUAAUCUUUAAUAUUAAUAUUAAAGAUUAAUAUUAAUAGGAAGUGAGCUUUGCACGGUGCUUUUUUUCCUUGGCACCUCAAGACAGACUCAUACGGAACUUGUUGGUGGCAUGUGUUUGUGCGGCCGACAUUUGUCAGGCAUUUCAUUUUCUUUCUUUUGUUUAUGUAUCUUUAAUAUUAAUAUUAAUAUUUAAUAUUAUGAUGUCACCAUUCUAAAAAAGAAGCAAAUGUGCCUUUUGUUCAUAGUAACUCUUGGUCUUUUCUUUCUUCAAUGUAAAAGCAAGGACUUUGUUGCCAACAGAGAGAUCCGUCCUGCGGCCUAUGGAAUAAUCAUUCAGGCUUGGGUUCGUUGAUGGUGGCGGCCCUAAUUACCCACGGCUGGAGAUGGAGUUUUGUGAUUGUUUGAUGAUUGAUGAUACUAAGUGGGUGAUGAGACUCUGGCCUUGGAGGAUCAUGUUGAGGACAUGAUUCCACUCGGGUUUCUUUAUUCAUUGGGCCUUCUUGGCGUGAAGCCAUAUGCAACUAGCAUUUUCUUCUCGAGGAUGGUGGGAUCAUCACUAAUCUAUUGGUUUCCAUUCUACAAAACCUGCACAGGUAAGGAAACCCAUAUUUUCGCCUUUAGUUUGAUUUGAUUUCCUUCUAAAUUGUGGCUUUUUCUUGUUUCUUAGAUAGAGAACUGUAGGAAUAGUGCUAUAUGGAACUUUGGAUAAUAUGUUGUAAGGAGAUGGAGGAAGUGGUUAUAGGGAGCUGUAAAUUAGAUUACUUUCAUGCCUUAUUUUGGUUUGGAAUAAGGUUGUAUGGAACUGUAGGAAUAGAGUUGUAAAUGGCAAGAUGCUUCAUUGUCUUUAUGUUUGGCUUCAAUAUCUCAUUGGCUGAUCAGACUUGAGAAUUUGCAGCCAUAGGUGGGAAGUUUAUGUCUACAAGUUUCGCAGGUAACCUUACCAUCUUGAUUGACGUGGGAGGAAUCUAUGGUGGGAUGCAUCUCGGUUGCUUGGUUGAUCAGAUAGAAGCACCUGCCAUCACAACAACAACCUUCACCAUGUUAGUGAUCUCUGAUGUAUGGAGCAUUUGGUGAACUUUCCUGGUGGCGAUUAUGGCCUCCACAAUCAACGAUCCCAGGAUUGAUCCUAGGACCGAAUGACUACUCCACACACCGAAAGUCAGACCUCUCUGUUGCGCGAACCUGUUGCCAACGAUAACCACCACUGGUGGACAACCGCUAACAAACAAGAACAGCACAACGAAGUUCCCACCAUCAACAACCCUAGUGGAAUCAUGUCCUCAAUAUGAUUCUCCAAAGCCAGAGUCUUAUACACCCAUACAAUUUGUUUUCAUUCCUAUAUUUGGUUGUCAAAUCGCAUCAUCCAAAUAACCGGUUGUGGGUUCACAUCCUUUAGCCUCAAUAACCUCCUGAAGUUAAUUUCAGCCAUUAUAUCAGUCUUCACUAGUUAAUGGGUAGUUCAAGUAAAAAAAAAGGUAGUUAGCGUUUUUAGGUAGUUAGGGGUAGUAAUGGUAUUUCGUUAGUAAAAUCAAAUAGCAGUUUACCAUAUGUAAUUACUUACAAAAUUAAUUAUUAAUAAUCCAACCAAUUUUUCUUCCAAACAUUGCCAAGACUGUUAAAAACAUGUCGAUAGAUACAAGGGUGGCUGAUUGGGCAAAUAAACGUUAAUACCAUGGCCCAAUUAGUGUUAAUAACAUUCACUGUUAUAAAUAAUGGUUCAACUCUUAUGAUUGUGUUACGAUUAUUAGGCCAAGUCCAAUGCAAAACCCCAAAUUUGGGGCCUUCAUCUUCAAAUUUGGGGAUUGAUCCCCAUUUUCUCUUCUUUUGCUCCAAUGCUUCAGUCUCCAUAUUUGGGGAUUUUCAUUUUUCUAGUUUUUCCAUUUACUUAAAAAUGUACUUAUCGUAGCCUUAAUAUAAUUUAUUCAUGUUAAUUUUUGUAUAGUUCGUCAUCAUUUUUAAAUACAAAUUUUUCGAUAAAAUUUUGUUAAAUUUCGAGUCCGAAAUUUUUUGGCAAAAAAUUAUGUACCUAAUUUGUGUUUAUACACAACACUUGAAAAUGAUUGAUCUAAUUAAAUCCAUAACUAAUCCUCUAAUUAAACUCUCAAUUAACCUCCAAAAUCUUAAAAAGAAAAAGAAAAGCCACGUGGCGGGCUUUGGUGAGUCUCUAUAUUUGGGGAUCCCCCAUUUCCAUCCCCAAAUUUGGGGUUCCAUUUGCAGGAUCCUCCAUUUUUGUAGGCCCAAACCUCCCCAUUGGAUCAUCUCCUCCUUCAUUUUUGCAGAUUCCCCCAUAAAUGGGGUGCCCAUUGGAUUCCGCCUUAACAACUAUGGCUCGUGAUAUUCAAAUGAAAUAGUGCAUAUUAUUAUUAUGAUUAUUAUUAUGAUUUUGUAAAUGAAAUGGUGCAUUAUUAACAACAUCAACAUUCACAUUUUUUUAUUUGUAAAAAAAAACAUCGACAUUUUUCGUGAAAUCACACCUAAUCGAUGGUGACCACCAUGCUUGACCUCCGAGCGGCGCGUUACGAUUCUUGCUUUCUGCAGAUCCAAGUACUCAUCCAGCCAAUGAUUUGUCCGGCCCGUAAUCUCUCAUUCCUCCAUUUUCUUCUUAUUCCACAGUUGACAAUUUCUCUUAUCCCAGAUGAACCAAAGAGAGACAAGAAAGCGACCAAUCUGUUCGUCAUUUUCCCACUCUUACAAAUCACAGAACCAUUCUUCACAAGUUAUUGUGAAUGAACUGCUCUUGCAAAUCAAGUUGCCAUCUGCAAAUCGCCUCAUCCAAACGACCAUUUAAUUAAUAAAGCAAAUGAAUCAUU